CUCUGAGAUGGUGAGGAAACAAUGUUGUUCUAACUCUAUAAAGGCAAACAUGCGAGUGAAUUAUAGUUUAUUCCGUUUACAACAACAGAGAGACUUUAAAACGCUAGUGGAAAUUAGCUUUAUAGUACAGCUGCUGGUGAGGCUCUCAGAUGGAGGCAGUGUGUAAGCAGCUCCAUGGAGGUGAUGAUGAUGAUGAUGAUGAUGAUGAGAAGGAGGAGAAGCAGUCAGGAGCAGAUGAAGCCAUGCUGUGGUCCAUCCAGGAGGCUCUGGAGAGGCAGACCCUGCAGAUAGGGGCAUCAGCAUGCGGGGCCACGGCGGUGGUGGAUGUGCUGAGGGCCCUCGGCGUGGACGUGGUCCCUGAGGAGGCAGACCGCUGUGUGCAAACACGUCUGAGGAGGAACGAGUCACCGCUGCCGGACUACCUGCUGUCCCGCAGUGAAGCUGGUGCGACUCACGCUCAGCUCAUCCAAGGAGCAGAGGAGGCCAGUAAGGGGAAAGUAAUGGGUCGCUUUUUCCACUUUCACCCUCGGCGGCUGGUCAGACUGGUCCCCUGGCUCGCACGUUGGAUCCAAAGCGGUGCCGUUCCCGUGGCGACCAUGAACAUGCAGCUGGCCGUGCCCGAAGGAGAGGAGGUGCCUGACGCCUGGCACCAUCAGCUCAUAUUCGGCGUUGCACCGAAUGCUGUUUUCAUGACCAAUCCUUUAGAUGUAGUGAGCGAGGGAGAGUUGCACCAGAGACUCUGCAGCGAAUCUGUGCUGCUGAUUCGUCGAGAAGACGUCCUGCAGAGACUGGCGCCAGAUUGCUGUCUGUCCAGUUUAUCCGAGCCGCGCUGGAAGUCCCUGGAUGUCGAGGGUCAAGUGAGGCAGAUGCGCCAAGAAGAGGAAGAAGAUGGAGCCAAGUUAACACACAUCACAAUCCCAGCAGCGUACAGUUCAGGCAUCACACUCUUCGCCCUACGGCAGUCAGAGUUGGGACAAGAGCUCCUCAACGCUCCUGAACUCCCCUUGUUGUGAGCGGACUGACACUCAAGGACUUAUUUAUUGUGAUAUGAAAAAUAAAAAACCGAUAGCGUAA